AUGUUUCCUAGCCCUAGCACAUCCACUCCCUUCUCUGUAAAGGAUAUAUUAAACUUGGAGCAGAGUCAUGACGACAUGGUGUCUCUGGACAUUUCCUCUCGUAUGGACUGCACGGUGCCGACCUCCUCCUGCAUGCUGGCCCGCUUAAAGCAGGAGCCUCUGCGGGAGAUGUCGUCCGGAGCCUCGCUGUUUGGAGAAGACCUCCACGACUCUAAAGCCAGCAGAAGCAAUGCACUCAGCUUUGCCUCUACCUUUUAUGGGAAAUCACUCAUAGAAAUGGACAUAGUGAAGGACGGAAAAUCAGACGGCUUUGAUGGGAAACACAAAAAAGAGGAGUUCAGUCCUCCAGCCGAGGCUGCGGAUGACACAAAGCCCGAGGAUCCAGAGCGGCCCAAGCCUCGGAGACGCAGGAAGCCGCGGGUCCUCUUCUCCCAGGCGCAGGUGUACGAGCUGGAGCGGCGCUUCAAACAGCAGAGGUACCUGUCCGCCCCGGAGAGAGACCACCUGGCCGGGGUGCUCAAACUCACCCCAACCCAGGUCAAGAUCUGGUUCCAGAACAGGAGGUACAAGUGCAAGCGGCAGAGGCAGGACCAGAGCCUGGAGAUGGUGUCCCUGCCGCCGCCCAGGCGAGUCUCUGUCCCGGUCCUGGUGCGCGACGGGAAGCCGUGCCUCGCAGACACGGCCGCCUACAACCCUUCCUACAACAUGGGCCCUAUCAACCAUUUUACUUACAAUAACUAUCCAGCUUUCAGUAACUACGCCAGUCCGGGCUGCAACACGAACUAUGCCUGCAAUUAUCCCACAACCACUAUGCAAACUAUGCAAGGAUCUUCCAACAACGGGAAUUACAUGAACUUUGGGGUAGGGGAACUGAAUAAUGUCCAAAACACAUUUUCCUCCAGUAAUGGGAUGUCCUCGUUACAUGGCAUCAGGACAUGGUAAAAUUAAGUGGAUCAAAAUGUCAAAUAAUCCACUGUAAUUACACAAGAAAACAGGCUUA